AUGGAGAUCUUGGCGUUCCGGAACUUAUUGACACCUGAGAAUUGGGGUGUCUACACUAGGCCUCAUUUGUUCUUUAAACGACCAACUCUCGACCUCGACUACGCCCUCCCCCUCGUCGACACCCCAAUUCCACCAACCAGGAACGCAAAAAUGGCCGCUGUCCAGGGUGCUAUCUCCAAGCGCAGAAAGUUCGUCGCUGACGGUGUUUUCUACGCCGAGCUGAACGAGUUCUUCCAGCGCGAGCUCGCUGAGGAGGGUUACUCCGGUGUCGAAGUCCGUGUCACUCCCACCGUGACCGACAUCAUCAUCCGUGCCACCCACACCCAGGAGGUUCUCGGUGAGCAGGGUCGCCGCAUUCGCGAGCUCACUUCCCUCAUCCAGAAGCGUUUCAAGUUCCCCGAGAACUCCGUCUCCCUCUAUGCCGCUAAGGUCCAGAACCGCGGUCUCUCCGCUGUCGCUCAGUGCGAGUCCCUCCGCUACAAGCUGCUGAACGGUCUUGCCGUCCGCCGUGCCUGUUACGGUGUCCUCCGCUUCAUCAUGGAGAGCGGUGCUAAGGGUUGCGAGGUUGUUGUGUCCGGAAAGCUCCGUGCUGCCCGUGCUAAGUCCAUGAAGUUCACUGACGGUUUCAUGAUCCACUCCGGUCAGCCCGCCAAGGAGUUCAUCGACUCCGCCACUCGUCACGUUCUCCUCCGCCAGGGUGUUCUCGGUAUCAAGGUCAAGAUCAUGCGCGGUUCCGACCCCGAGGGCAAGUCCGGCCCCCAGAAGACCCUCCCCGACUCUGUCACUAUCAUCGAGCCCAAGGAGGAGCAGCCCGUUCUCCAGCCCAUGAGCCAGGACUACGGUGCCAAGGCCCUUGCUGCCCAGCAGCUCGCCGAGCAGCAGCGUCUGGCCGAGCAGCAGGCCGCCGAGGCCGAGGGUGGUGCGGAGGCUUACGCUCAGGAGUAA